AGUCAAGUGGCAGAACAGCGUCCCAGCAAGCAGUCUAGAUGCAUUCGAGUGCAACGCUGCACUCUCCCACCCAAGAGCCACUUAGUUAGCUAAGUUAGCCAAGCUUGUGCUUGUAUGAUUUGGCCAGCAGCUCUUGCUCAGUUUGAUUAGAAGUGCGCUAUUGAAAAGAACGUGCAGCUCUAAAAUGCUCUUCGUUUUCGCCAUUCUGUUGGUGUCCUGUGCGCUGGCACAAAGCUUGCCACAGGGCUUGCCACCCGCAGUGCAGCUGGGCGGCGCAAUUGUUGCUGCUGUGGAGCAGGAUGUCGAGCAGGACGAGGCUGAAUUGGAGCGUCGCCAGCGGGCGUGGCUCACUCAUGCCGAGCGACAAGUGUACAAAUUUCUUAACGAUGAGCUGAGCAGCGAACAAGUGUUGAGCUUGCUGGACAACUGGUCAAGCCAAGCUCGUGGCAAGCAUCACAAGCAGAAGAAGUUGCUGAAGAUGCUUUACCCGCUGCUGGGCGCUGCGGUCUUGGCCAAAGUCAUCUUGCUGCCCUUGAUCUUGAAGUGGCUAACGGCGCUGUCGGCCUCAUCAUUUGUCAUGGGCAAAAUAGCGUUGGCUGCCUCUGGCCUCUUGGCCUUGAAGUCGAUUAUGUCCGCUGGCCAUGCACGCGAUCGCUUGGAAAUUAUUCAUUCAUCAGCGCCCUCGCUCAAAGCCUAUCACGGCGAUUUGUCUUCCAGCGGCAGCAGCUGGCUGCCCAUACGCCCACACUACAUACCGCUGGGCGUGUCCAACAAGGAUGUAUACAAGCCGUUCCUCUAGUUCAGCAAUGCGCAUUGCUCGUAGCUCGAAGUGUUAGUGUUAGCCAAUAGUUAAAUAAAAUAACAACAAACGUAAC